AUGGAUACUCUAUUAAUUGGAACAGCCCCCAAAGGCAAAGAACCCGUUGAUAAAAAUAGCGAACACUAUCUAUUAGGCGGAAGACCUCCUCUUGUAACGCUAUUAUCCUUAUUGGCUGGGCCCUUAUUCAGUCAAGUAACAAAUUCAGUAUAUGGUCUUGUAGAAUCAUUAUGGAUAUCAAAAACGCAUGGACGUUUCGGUCUUACAGUUACGGCGUCCAUUUUUGUUUUUGAUUAUAUCACUUUUGCAUGCGGAGAGUUCAUGCUGAUUGCUGUAAGUAGUAGAAUAUCUCUACUUUUUAGUAAAAAUCGUGAAAAAGAAGCCGCGAAAGUGGUCGUUGAUUUUAUACGUUAUUCUUUUAUAUUUGGAGCAAUUAUUGCUGCCGUUUUACUGCCUUUAGUACGUGUAGUUGCUAAAUGGAUUUCAAAUUCAGAUAGCAUUGCUGAUGCUGCUUUUAAAUAUGAAAUUCCAAUAUUGGGUUGUUCGUUUUCACAAUUACUAUAUCUCCUUGGUGCCGGAAUACUUGAAGGUGAAGGUAGAUCAAUGACAGCUGGUUUAACUCAAAUUAUUUGUUUGUGUUUAAUUAUGUUUGUUUUUGAUCCACUUUUCUUGGUUUAUUUUAAGAUGGACCUCUGGGGAGCUGCAUUAGCUAAUGUUGUGGCGCAAGCUCUUGUUGGAUGGACUGUUUUGACAUUAAUUUUAUCAGGAAAGUUUUCUCUCAAGUUCAAGCCACAUAUGUUUAUCGAAGGAUUCUCAAAACAAUCAUUUAGAGCUAUUAAAGUUGGGUUCGCAGCAUUUAUGCUCAAUAUUUCAGGUGCUUUUCCAGAAUUUGCAAUGCAAAAGUUUUUGGCUUUAGUUGCAGAUAAUGUUGGUGCAUUAAAGCCAUUCUUAGCUGUUUAUGAUACAUUUAAUAGAUUUUAUGAGCUUGGUUUGUGUUUCAUGUACUCAUUUGAUGCAUCUUUCCUUCCAGCAGCAUCUUAUGCUGUAGGAAGACGUAAAUAUAGAAGAGUUCAUAGACUUGCAUUGCAUACAUUAUGGAUUACAAUAUUUUCAUGUUUAAUUUAUUCAAUUUUCUUAGUUUUGUUCCCAGGAAUUAUUGUUUCACUUUGGAAUGAUGAUGAAGCUUAUAUUUAUUGGGCGGAAAAGCUAUUUCCGUUUGGAUAUUAUACAUUUGCUCUUUGGCCAAUUUCAUCAAUUUGUUUAUCUUAUUUAGAAUCAUUAGAACUUCCAGGAAGAGCAACAAUGCUUUCUAUUGUUACGUCAUUUCUUCCCCUCCCUCUUGCUAGCUCUGCAAUUUACUUUUUCAGCAAAAAGAAUGAUUUGCAACUUAUGUUUUCUGCUUACAUUUUUGCAGGCUUCUUCCAAGUUCUUUUCUCAAUCCCAUUCAUUUGGAAACCAUGUAAAAUUGUUCACAAGACUAAGGAUGGAAAUCCUUUGGAAGGUCUUGAACAACAUGAAGAAACCGAUGGAGAACUUCUCAUCAGUACAACUUCUACCGAUCCUAUAGCAAGUACUCCUUACGUAUCUAUCAACUAA